CAGCCGUCGGCAUCGUCCAAAACGAAAAUGUCACGACCUGCACCACAACAUCCGUACGCUGCCUUCAAGCGAAAAGCACCAGUACACACUCCUUCAAUACCUCCGGCUUCAUCAAAAUCAGCAAAGGGAGGACCGCCGACCGCAGCGGACAUUGUUAGCAGUUAUGCUCGCAUUCCUCCCAGGACAAAGCUGAAACUGAGUCUAGGUCUCCUUGGGUUUGCUUCCUUGGGUGUAUACAUGACUUACAAAUUUGAGGAGUGGUAUCCCCUUGAAAAGAGAGCGCCCACCGUGGCGCCAGAUGCAAAGUCCAGAGUGGAUGUCUUGUGGGAAGAGGAAGAGAGGAAGCUCGAGAAAUUGCAGAGUCAACGCAAGCCUUCUCAAAACUAAGGGCAGAGCUCAGCCGUUAUUUCAUUUGUACAUAUUUUCAAUAGCCUGUAAUCUAUUAUCCAAUUGCAUAGAUUCUAAGAUCAGACUCAGACCAGUCCUAUACUUUUUUUGGU